AUGGCCCUUCCUCUCGCAGGCAAAGUCGCCAUUGUCACCGGCUCCUCACGCGGCAUCGGCGCUGCUAUCGCGCGAAGGCUCGGCGCGGACGGCGCGAACGUGCUCAUUAAUUACGCCUCAGACGCGGCCGCGGCUGCGUCUGUCGUCGAUGCGAUCAACAGUGCAGGGGCGGGGACGGCGCGUGCAGUGCAGGCGGAUGUGAGCGCGACGGCGGACACGCAGCGCCUGCUAGACGAGGCUUUCAACGUGUGGGGGCGGUUGGACAUCCUUGUGCUGAAUGCGGCGAUCAUGGGGUACGGCACGCUCGCGGAGGUGACGGAAGAGGCGUACGAACGGCAUUUUAAUCUGAACGUGAAGGCACCGUUGUUCACGGUCAAGGCUGCGGCACCGCUGAUGAAGGAAGGCGGGCGGGUUGUCCUCUUUAGCACGUCGCUCACGCGCGCCUCGACGGUGCCGCCAAACUACCUGCUGUACGUGAGCACGAAGGGCGCGGUCGACCAAAUGACGCGUGUGCUCGCGAAGGACCUCGGCGCGCGAGGGAUCACGGUGAACACAGUGUCUCCCGGACCGAUAGACACAGACCUGUUCCGCGCGGGAAAGACCGAGCAGAUCAUCAACUUCGUUGCGAACCAACACCCGGGGAAGCGCAUUGGCGUUCCGGAUGAGGUCAGCCCGGUUGUUGCGUUCCUGGCGAGCGCGCAGGCGAGCUGGGUUAACGGGCAGAACAUCAUGGUCAAUGGGGGAUUCGCUGUAUAA